GGUUGCCAAGAUCAAUGUUGUUAGUUCUUUAAAAAACGAUGUUUUGUAGUGUUUUUAGAGCAAAAAAGUUUUAUAAUAAUAUAUAUAGUUGAGAAAUGGUUAUUGUAUAUAGAGUAUAUAGAGUUAUGGUGUAAAUAAUUGGAUUUUACGUGGUGAAAUGGAAUCAGAGAAUUAUUCCACUGCCUAUCUCCUAAACGAAGAUGAAUUUCCGGAUAAUUUUUCAGUCGAACAUAUUUUUACCCCAGUUGAUUCAUCUGAUUGGAGAAAUGACAACUUUCCAGUAUUGUUGACAAACUCUUUGGAAGAAGAAAACACAGCUAAAAUUACUGAAACAUUUGUGCCAAACGAGAACUUAUUAUUGACUGACGCAGAUGAAGAUAUACUUUUACAAUUAAACAAUGAUAUUUCUACAAAAAAAUCGGAGAUAAUCGAUAAUACACCUUUUAUUACAUAUACACAAGAAUCAAUUGAAAAUAACGAAAAUUUAAUAGUAACUGAAGGUAGUGACGAUAUUCUUUUAAACAUAGACGAUGACACAACUACACCAGUUCAACAAGAAGUACAAAAUGUCAAGAACAAUACUUACUUAACAUGUAAUUCGAUAUUAAAAAAAGAACAUGCUAAAAAAUCUUCAUCAAAUGCAAAUACCCCUAUUGUGCACUUGGUGGACAAUAGGGGUAAUAUUUUAAGCCUCAAUAAGUCUAUGUUGAUAAUACCCCCAAAAAAUAAUGAUAACAAAUCAAAAGAACUGAAUUAUAAAGAUUUUUAUUCAGAAAUUAAUGCUUACCGAUGUAAAAUAUGCAAGUUUUUGUGUGAAACUGUUAAUGAUAUUAAGGUUCACAUACUUGAAAAGCACUCAGAAAAAAUGUUGCCCGUAAAUCCAAAAAACCUUAGCCCCAAAACUAUGUCAAUUUUAAACACAAACAACACCAAUAAAAAAACAACGUUUUUAUGCAGUGUUUGCAGGACCGGAUGUCCAAGCAAAGAAGAACUAAGAAUACACAUGAUAAAUAUACACAAUCUGUCGGACUCGAAAAAGGAAGAAAACGAUUCUGAACAAUCAAAUAAUACAGAAAAAAAAAUAGUUAAAACCGUUCGAAGUAUAUCGGAGUCACUGGUGAAAAAACAGCAAAAAUCUCUCAAAAGAGUUAAAUGUACAAUUAAAGGUUGCGAUUCGAGAUUUGCAAAGGAAGAAAUUCGUAAAAGACACGAGGCCUGUCACGUAGACGGUAACAAAAAACAAUUUCAGUGCUCUGAAUGUCAGGAAAAGUUUUCCAUAUGGCGAAUAUGCAGCAGUCAUAUGUGGAAGUGCCAUAAAAUUGAUAUGGGCGUGUUGAUUUGUCCUAUGUGUAAUGAUUUUAAAACUGUCAACACUGCUAUUCUCAAAGCCCACAUGGCAAUACACAACGAUGAAAAACCGUUUUUAUGUAGCGAAUGCGGUAAAAGUUUUAAACAGAUUUCACAACUUAAAAAUCAUGAAGUUACUCACAAAAGAGGGACAGUUAAUUUGCCAAAUUGGUCGACAAUGAAACAAUGCGAAAUUUGCGACAGAGUGUUUGUAAAUAACAAAUCUUACACAAAACAUGUUAAAUUUGUCCAUGAGAAAAUUAAACCUUAUAUUUGUAGUAUUUGUGGGCAUAAAACUUCAACAAAAGCCAUGCUAGAAUUGCAUCACAGGCAACAUACAGGUGCUAAACCUUAUGAAUGCAAAAUGUGUUCAUACAAAACUGGAGAUCACAAUUCUUUGAGGAGGCACAAAAUGCGGCAUUUUGGGGGUGUUCAGUACAACUGCCCUUAUUGCGACUAUUCGUCGAUACAAAGUGCAGCUUUUAAGAGCCAUUUGAGCUCCAGACACCCUGAUAAAGAAGGUACCCUAAAAUGCGACCAUUGCAAGUACUCCACGUUAAAUUUCCCAGCGUUUUUGUCGCACCUAAAAUGCCACCAGGUGGUGUUGAACACCACAACUAGUCAAGAAGAUAAAGGUGGAAUUCUACUGAACACAGUUAUAAUAACCACUAAUGACACCACUGUAAACCAAUCAAAUAAGACUGAUAAUGCAUUAGAUAUUGAGGAUGAUGAAACUCAAAACUGCUUUUUAAAUAUGGACACUACGGAAGAUGCAAUUGACACAGGCGGAAUAACAAUUCCAGCCGGACUAGAACUGCCACUAGAACUUAACGUUUCCUAGACUUUUUUGUUUUUUUUAUUUUUGUAAAUAGUUGUUCAUAUUGAGUAAAGAAAUAUUUUUCUA